CCUCCCGCGCCUGCGCACACCCUGAGGCAGCCGGGUUGUUACGACGCGGAGUUGGCAGCUUUACGGCAGCGCGCAGCAACCGGCCGGUGCCGGCUCGGCGGAGGGCGAGCGGGGAAUGAGGCGACAGCUUUUGAAGUUGCCUGGAGUGCUGUGGCCCAGACGAGUGCAGGAUGGACCCUGUUGUUCUCAGUUACAUGGACAGUUUGCUGAGGCAGUCGGAUGUGGCCUUGCUGGAGCCCCCAAACUGGCUCAAUGAUCACAUCAUUGGGUUUGCCUUUGAGUACUUCGCCAACCACCAGUUCCAAGAGUUUAGUGAUCAGGUUUGUUUCAUCAGCCCCGAAGUGGCUCAGUUCAUUAAAUGUGCCCUUAGUCAGGAAGAAAUAGCCAUAUUCCUUCAACCACUGGACCUUCUCCACAAGAAGCUGGUGUUCUUGCCUAUCAAUGACAACUCCAACCAGGUUGCUGGGGGCACCCACUGGAGCUUACUGGUUUAUUUCAGGGACAAAAAGUGCUUUGCCCAUUACGAUUCCCACAGUAAAUGCAACUCUGUCCAUGCGAAGCAAGUGGCAGGGAAGCUGGAGGCAUUCUUGGGAAAAAAAGGGGGCAAAGCAACCUUUGUGGAGGAGAAGGCGCCUGCCCAGCAGAACAGCUAUGACUGUGGGAUGUACGUGAUCUGCAACACAGAGGCUCUGUGUCAGGGAUACUUCAGAGGUUGGCCAGAGUCUUUGCUGCAGCUCCUCACCCCUUCCUACAUCACUCAGAAGAGAUCGGAGUGGAAAGCUCUCAUUACAAAACUGUCACAGAAGUGAUGGAAAUGCAGCUCCAACCCUCCAAAAACUGCCUUCCCCAUCCACAAGGCAGCACCCCCAGUGCCUGAGGGAGAUGCCCAUGCACAGGAUUGUCCCAAAGAAGAAGAAUGUAACCCCUCCAGCAUGGCUAGACCCCCAAACACCCCUUUCUUCCUGAAAAAGCCUUAGCCCCCUUUGGAAAUCACUGGCCUUCGAACUCGUAACAUGAAAAGUCACUUUGCUCUCAAAGAAAACCCUCUUGUGGUGAAGUUUUACACUAAUUGCUGUGGCAAAAUGGAUUAUUGCUAAAGAGACUUCUUCACCUUUUGCCCAGCAGACACCAUGCCCUCAUUAGGUGGCUUUAACUGGCCACAGGCAUUGCUGCUCCAAGUUAGGUUUAGCAAAUGCCCCUUAAAACCAAGCCCCCAACUGCUUUCUCACAGCUACUUCUAAUCUGUGCCUCCCGCUAGUGACAUUCCAGCAGUCUGGGAUUUAGCACCAAGGAUUUGGUUUACCCCCAAAAACCUGAUACUGAGAUGUUACCUGUCAAAAGAUGAGAUUCCAAAGGAAAUGCUAUGAUUAAUUAAGGAACCAGGCAAAAAGAGAAUCUUCAGACAGGUGCUCCUGAGCUGUAGCUUUUUUCUGCUCCCCACCUUGCUCUUACUACAAAUUAAAACCUGACUCUAAGCUGCUGGCAGAUUAAUAGGAAGCUGAGAAUACCUGUCCUAGGAAAGGGAACUUGACUGAGAUGAAAAGGAACACUCACUCUUUGAAGUGUGUGUUUUUGAUUAGGAUUUCAGGUCCUCUCCACUUGGGGAGGUUCCUCAUUGCUCCCCAGCCCUUGCUGGUGUUCACAGCACUCAGUGCUGCUUCCUCCACUACCAAGCCAGUUCUGUUACUUGAGAUAAAGAAAAAAAACACACCAGGGAGAACAAAAGGACAGAGUUUGAGUUAUAAAAGCCAAAGAUAACUGCAGUCUCCUUGAAACCCAAGAAGUCCUUCAUACCCUUCAGACCGAAACACUUUCCCUUCCUGCACUGGCUGGUGGCUGGGAUCUCCCAGCAGAUCCUCUUGUGAAAAGAUGGGCUUAGCAGUAAGGAAAAUAAAGAUCAAUCUGGGAUGUUGCUGCAGGAUAAGGAGUAAGCUCUGCCCUCGUGAGGAGCCAGGAGCAGGUUGCUCAGGUAGUGUCUAGCAGAGCAACCACACCCCAGCGUGCCGGCUGCAGCAGGGAAAUGAGGUUAACCAGAGCCCUUGGAAUAGGAAAGGGGGAAGGAUUGUUUUUACCCUGGAGUUCUCCACCCAUCACACUGCCAGCCCACACCCACCAGUGUGUGUGUACCAGCACCACAGCAAUGAACUUUAGGAAGGGCUUAAACUUCCCUUGUUGCUAAGAGAAAGGUAAGUAGACACAGCCAGGCUCUUCCAAAACACCUGAGGAAACACAGUGCCAGCAGUGGAGCAAAGCAAGGGUCAGGGUUAUUCCCCUCCUUCCUGCAGUGCUACCAGUGGGUCAGGGCAUCCCAUCCAUCCUGUCCAGACUCCCUGGAAAACCCCUUCUGUGCUCUGGUGGUGUUGAAAAUCCUGGAGAGAGUUGAAACGGGAUUGAGCCGCUCGACAAAGGGGAUUCAGUUUGGACUCUGUGUCUCUGCUGGAGCAAUGUCACUGCUGCUCCAGGUCUGGAAUAAAACUCAAACCAAGCUGAGCAGUUGUA